AUGGAUAUCAUCACUAGCAGACUUGAGAGACUUGAGCUUGAGAUUUAUGAGGCAGAAAAGGAAAAGCUUCAAAGGGAGGAAACUCUGGGGGAUUUCUGGGAACACAUGCCUGCUAUUGAUCCAAUUCUCAUACGAGAUCGUAUGCUCUCUCUCCAAAACCAAAUAAGCUCACUCGAAAGCAAGAAGAAGGCCCUGUUCAAAGAACAGCAACAUCUCCUUGUGCAGGCUGUUACUCUUGGCAAAUUCUCUGCGAUGGCAUUUCCUGUAAUUGUCUCAGUUUUCUUGUUCCUUGUAAAAGAAUGCACGAGUAGGGUUGAUGGCGGCACACAGGCGGGAGCUUCCAUGCACAAGUUGUUAGAAAACUCAAGUUCAUUCACUCAAAUCACACGAUGCCGCUCCACCUCAUCUACAUUGUCCUCCUCCCAAAAAGGCCUCUUUAGAUCUAGCUCCAGAAGUUCUUCGAAACUGACUCAUUUCAAUGGUGGUCUUUUUUAUGACAAUGGAGCAAUGGGAUCUAGAUGCCAUUCGUUAACACUAGGAAAGCUAUAUUCUUGGGAGAAAAAACUCUCUGAGGAGGCUGGAGAGGAAACCAUGAGAAUAUAUGAGCGAAAACACUCCCAAUCGAGACAUGGCCUAAAGACCGGGGACAAAAUUGGAGUUGAAGAUGAGGAGUUGCGUUCCAGAAUUUUGAUGUCAUAUAUUGAAGCUCUUCAUGGCUGGCUACACAAGUUUGUUACCCCUGAAACUGAAUCCUACACAGAAGCUUGGCCUUCACUUCGACCGUAUAAAGACGUGACUUGUGCCAUGAAAAGUUUUGGGAAGAAUGUACAAGCCUUAAUGAUCCAACAAGGCAAGGAGCAUCAACAAAAGAGGAAGGUUGAUGGGCUUGCCAGAAAAUAUCCUAGGAGGGUUUUGGCAUUUGAAAUCAUGAAAAGUAUUCUUCAGUUGAAGUUUUUUGAGAAGGAAAUGCAAUUGCAUGCACAAAAAGGCUUGAAAAAGAUGGAGAACGAGUUGCCUGGAGAUGGCGAAACAUCAUACCAGCAUGAAGGACACACAAAAGGGAGUGCUAUGAAAAUGUACGAUGAACUUAUGACAUUUAGUGAGAAUGCAAUGAGGGUAGAUGACACAAGUAGCAAACCACCUGGCAGCAUCCAUGUUGAAGCCGAUGACAGUUGA